AUGCAAAUUACGUAUCAAAAAUCCAAGAAAAUUUUAUACAAAUGGACUACUGUUUUCAUCUUCGUCGCAAUAAACCUACAAAUCGAAGCCAACACAAAAUGUUCCAGUAAUUCUCCGCCAAUAGUCCCGAAAUACCACCUCAUGGAGAAAUGUUACAAAUCCAAGCUCGGUAUAACAGCCAAGGCGAAGUAUACAUCUUUGAUCAGCUGUUUAAGGUUAGCAAUUGAGAAGAAGGCUCUGUCUUUGAACUUUAGUCCCCCAGAAGCUGUAAAGAUGAUGAAGGAACCUUUGGAGUAUACUUGCGAGGUGCUGAAAUGUGCUGAAGCUGAUGGAGGCCUCUCGUUGAUAAAUGACACUAGAUUUGAUUAUUACAGUCUCUAUGCUAAGCCAUUACCAAAUUUGAACUCAACCUGCGUUCCGGCAACCGGCAUGUUUUUCCUUAUCUCCCAGAAGUACAACUACACAGAUGGACAGCAGCAAUGUCGGAACAUCAGCGGUGUCCUCGCUGACGUCACAAGCGAACAGAGAACCGAUGCGCUGGCGCAACUGCUGGCCGGAGCCAGUGUGGACGCGGCGCUGGUGGGGAUGAGGAGGAAGAAUGAGAGCGUUUUCUAUGGAGUAAACGGGAACUCUUUAGAAUGCACGUCAUACCGCGCUUGGUCACCUGGCCAUCCUCGAAGGUAUUUCAACAAGUUCGACUGUGUUGUCCUCACCCGGCAGAAGACCUGGAAGUCAACUUCUUGCAACAAAACAUAUCCGGUUUUGUGUGAACUGCUCCCCGGAGGACCUUAUAAAAGGAGGUCGAUUUUCCUUUCCAAAAAUAUGACUAAAGUUGCAGAUCCUGAAACAGAUCAUACUGUUAAAAAUUGA